UCACAACUGCAAAGGUAACACGACACAACUUGUGUUGUUAUUUGCAUGAAGGUGUUUGUCUGUCAUUGCACAGAUGGCAUACACUCGUGGCGUCUUCUUCCUCCUUUUUGGGAUCAGUGGACUGUUGACUGGAGCCUGGUCCUGGCCUCGUUUUAACGACAAAGCUGCAAGUGGCUGCUGUCCUAGUGGAUGGACUCUGCUGGAUCAUCACUGUUACAUCUUCCAAGGUGAUCCGAGGACAUUUGCAGAUGCAGAGAGCGUUUGCAACAUUCUAGGUGGGAAUCUGGUCUCCAUCCGCAGUUACGUGGACAAUUUGUUGGUUGUCGGACUGGUCAAAGAGGGCGGUGUGGGCUUUGCCUGGAUUGGACUGCAUGAUGCUAUUCAGGAAGGAGAUUUUCUUUGGACUGAUGGCACAGACUUUGAGUUCAAUAAUUUUCAAACUGGAGAGCCUGACGGCACUGGUGCCUGUGUGGAGCUCUAUGCUGCUGAUGGAACUUUUUUCGAUGAGGACUGCACCGUCGAGCACGCUUAUGUUUGCAUCAGAGAUAGGUGCUGUGACAGUCACUAAUCAGCCUCCGUACUGUACCGUCACGUCAUCUUGAAUGAUGUCUUUUACUAAUCACGAUCAAUGUACUCAAACAAUAUCAAAAUGGUGUGGUUUUAUUUGGAUCUCUGGUUCCACUAUCAUUUUAUUUUCUUCUCCUUUUACACCGUUCAGUUGUCACAGUCACCUGACAGUCAACAUAUUU